AUGUCGCUUCUUCCCGUGCUCGCCCCGCCGUCAAGCUUCCAGAUUGGCCUGAGAGCAAUCUUCCGCCGUUCCGAGAAGCUCCUCGUUACAUCUACAGCCCGACAGUUCUCGACGAAGCGGAACCCGAUCUCAGAAUUAUGCUUGCAUUAUAGCAACCAUGGCAGCCCGAGACCCUCAAGUACCUUGAGGAACUGCCGUUCUCGAAACCUCCUACCCCAGCUCCAGGCCCGAACAGUCUUUAGCUUCCGCGCAACCACGCACUACACGAAGUUGCCCGAGUCCUACGAAGAUGCAUUGGGUCUUCUCUUUCGGAGGGAAGACCUCAAUCAGAGGGAGGUCAACGAAUUGUUUGGAGCACAUCUCUCUGCGCGGCAAGCCAACGAGUUGUUGAAGAUCAUACACGGCAGACGGGUAGCAGGGACCCUGGAAGACCCGAACCUACAACAGAACACAGCUCAAUUCAGCAAUGAAGACAAGAUAACGGCACUGAACUACCUCCGCAAGCAUAUCCCUGUGGACGAGGUUAUCAAUGCCGGUCUGCGAGCCGAGGACGAGCUCAGAGACCUCGAAGCUCAGACGCAGGAUGGGAAGGAAGCUGAAGAACGAACCGAAGAGACAGUACCUCAAGAUGCGCCACCGGAGCCCCAGGAUGACGCCGUCGAGGCUCCGACGGGAAAGCUGAAGAAACAACCUGGAACCGACUCCCCGUAUGGAGUGAGCAACUUCGAUAUGAUCCGCGCCGAGAACAUUGCGAGGCAGGAGGCAUACGAGAAGCGACUGGAGGAAGAGCGGCUGGCGUACGAGGAGGAGGUAGCUAAGGGCAAUAUCGGAACCCUACAGACUCACGAGCAGGGGCCGCGAGAGCUAAGCCCGUUCGUGCAGAGGCAUAUGGAACGCGCUACAUCCAAACUCGAAGCGCCGCCCGAGAUGAAAGCCUGGGAACGUCUACUUCCUACCUUUGCGAUGACCGUCCUUAUCUGUGGUGCCUGUGCCGUUUUCGCCUACACGUACAAGCCCCCGCGGAGAUCAGACAGGAUCUGGCCCGACAUCCCACCAGCAGCAGCGACAUGCCUUGCGCUGGUGGGACUCAACCUGUCCGUGUGGACGCUCUGGAAGUUCCCGCCGCUGUGGGCCGCUCUCAACCGGUACUUCAUCGUGAUUGCGGCGACGCCCCGGCCGCUGCAGGUGCUCGGCGCCGUCUUCUCGCACCAGAGCUUCAGCCACGUGGCGGUCAACAUGGUGGCGCUCUGGUUCUUCGGCACGCGUGUGCACGACGAGAUCGGCCGCGGCAACUUCCUGGCGCUGUACAUCGCAUCGGGCGUGCUCGGGUUCACGGCCUCGCUGGCCAACCUGGUCCUGCGCCGCGGGCUGCAGUACACGACGCUGGGCGCGUCGGGCGCCGUGUACGGCAUCAUCGUCGCCUUCUUCUGGUCGCACAAGUUCGACGAGUUCAAGAUCCUGGGCUACCCGCCAGACCCGAUCUCGGCGCCGCAGGGCCUCGCUUUCAUUGGCCUGAUCCUGGGCGCGCACCUCGUGGGCCUGUUCUCGAAGAGGGCGACCAUGGUCGACAUUGCGUCGCACAUAGGUGGCAUGUUGGGCGGUGUUGCGGGCAUCGAGCUGAUCCGCAGGCGCAUGGACGACAAGGCUCGCUUGCGCGCGGAGAAGAUGAAGACGAUGGGAGUUCUAGAUAAGAUUGUUGACAAAGAGAAGACGGCGACGGCGACGGCGACGCAGAUAUCACCGGCGGCGUAG